UUUUAAAUUCCUCAGUGCAAUGUUACUUAAGCAUAUGCUCUGACAACCCUCACCAUUAAUUCUGGCAUACUUUCUUCUCUGCCCAUCACUUCAUUUACAAGCACAAAGUUUCUUCCUCUCUCUCUCUCGUUCACUCUUAUAUACCUUUAUCUUCUUUGUUUGCUCAUUUAAUUUCACUAUAUUGCAUACACCCAAUGGGGAGAUCACCUUGCUGUGACAAAGUGGGGAUGAAAAAAGGACCAUGGACACCAGAAGAAGAUCAGAAACUCUUAGCUUAUAUCGAAGAACACGGCCAUGGAAGCUGGCGUGCUUUGCCUGCCAAAGCUGGUCUUCAGCGAUGUGGGAAGAGCUGCAGGCUUAGAUGGACUAAUUAUCUCAGACCAGAUAUCAAGAGAGGAAAGUUCAGUCUGCAAGAAGAACAAACCAUCAUUCAGCUCCACGCCCUUUUAGGGAACAGGUGGUCUGCUAUAGCGACUCACUUGCCAAAGAGGACAGAUAAUGAGAUAAAGAACUACUGGAACACUCAUCUUAAGAAAAGGUUAGCCAAAAUGGGGAUCGAUCCUGUCACCCACAAGCCGAAAUCCGACACUUUACUCUCCGGUACCGAUGCUCAUCGAUCGAAGAAUGCCGCAAACCUUAGCCAUAUGGCUCAGUGGGAAAGUGCGAGGCUCGAAGCCGAAGCUAGAUUGGUUCGAGAAUCGAAGUUACGUACGAUUCAACAUCGCCUCGGUCGUCCGAUGACACCAGGCUUUGCUUCGUCAGUUUCGGCUGCUCAGCUUGUUGUGGAUAAGUCACAUUGGAAUAGUGUUAGCAAUGCCGGAUUUGGUCACAUCGACUCACCGAAAUCAACACUUACUUCCUCGGAAAAUGGGAUCGGACCCAGUUCAAUGCCGAUGACCGAGUUUACCGGCACUGCGUCGGCUUCAUCCGAGACCGGAAUCAUUAAACAAGAAGGCGAACAAGAAUGGAAAGGCCUUGAGGGAAGUUCAACUAAUUUGGCUAUGGAAGAUGGGUUCAUUAACCUUCUUCUUAACGAUUCCACUGACCCGAGUUUAUCGGAUGGCGGCAAAGAAUCCGACGGAAACAGCGGAGGAAUCGAUGAUCAGUGUGAAGACAACAACUACUGGAACAGCAUUCUGGAUUUGGUGAAUUCUUCCCCAUCGCAUUCACCAAUGUUCUAAAACAACUAAUGUUUCUUUGGUCUAAAUCAAAACAGGCCAUUAAUUAUAUCUCAAAAAACAUUG